GAUCCAAUGGUACGCAACACAGUCGCUCCGCGGAUUCUCUGUACACAAUGCUGACGAUUCGUGAUCUCAGUGUGUCCUGAAUUGCUCCUUGUGCGCAAUGAGUGUGUGUCGAAGUCCAGUGAAUAGUUGUGACUCGAGUGAAUCGUGUGAAAAUGCUGUGAAAACUCCUUCAAGUGACUUCCAUCAUGUGAAUCCCUGUGAAUUAAGUGUGAGAUCGUCAGAGAGGAAAGUUAGCAAUUGUGUGUCUGAAUCGCUGGGAAACAGCAAAUACAUCAGUGAUAUGGGAAUUGAGAAGAGAAAAACUUUCACCAUUGAUAACAUCCUAGGACUCGAAGGGAAUAGAACUGGUUUUGUGUACAAAACUGAUAAUCGCACUCAAUUGGAUUUCAUCAAAGCGCCGCCGGCGAAAGACGACGAUAUCAAAAGUACAAUACAUUCGCCAGAAGUUUCACCCACAACAUAUUCCAAAAGCAUCUUGGAUCUGCUAGGAUCUCAAGCUUCACGCCUUAUUGAACAAUCCGGCUUCCAGUCUCACUUCCCCAGUCAAAUCACAUAUCAUCCAACGGCAGUAUCAUUAAGUUCAUCGUCUGAGGAAUCGCAUGCAUCCAAUUUCAUAUACUCAAACUGGAUUGGACUGCAUUCUAAGACACCUUCCAUUCAGAACAACUACCUUUUAGGAUUACAAGCCGGCCCGAAGACGACCGGCAAGCGAUCUCGGAAGCCAGGAGUAGACCGGAAGCCGCGACAAGCGUACAGUGCAAAGCAGCUGGAGCGACUGGAGAACGAAUUCAAGCAGGACAAAUACCUGAGCGUGAGCAAGAGGAUGGAACUCUCCAAGUGCUUGAGUCUCACGGAAGUGCAAAUCAAGACGUGGUUCCAGAACAGGCGGACAAAGUGGAAGAAGCAGCUGACGUCUCGACUGAAGAUUGCCCAGCGUCAGGGCUUGUAUGCCAAUCACUACUUCAACGCCUCCCAGUAUCCACUCUUCGCGCCGUACUACAACAAUCACUUCGUCCUGGGCUCCACAAUUCCCAACACGAUGGACAGCAAGGGCGAGGGAAUUGAGGAUCUAGUGACGCCAUUAGAAGUUAUGACCAAGACAAUUAAUGCAGUGUAAAAGUACACCUCCAAACUUAUGUGUAGCUAUAUUUAUAUUUACUCUAUAAUGUUUGCAAUACUAUAAAUAUUAACAACACCUUAGAAAUUAAGCAAUAUCAUCAUUAUCUUGUUGUUCUCUUUUUUUUUCAAAUAAUUAUUGUGUAUAAUGAAUCAUCCAUUUUGGUAAUCACUUUAAAGUGUGUACAGUAUUGAAGAACUAAAUCCUAAUUGUAAUACAAUCAUAUCCUUAUCCUUAGUGAUAUCUAGAGUCUUUAUCGGUUCUCCAUGA